AUGGAUCCGUCAGCUGGCGCCGUGCGCCGCCUGCUCUGCCUCUCUCCGCUCCCGCUGCUCCUGCUGCUGCUGCUGCUGCUGCCACCGCCGCCGCCCGCCGCCGCCCGGCUCGCCGCGGCCGCCGACCCCCCAGGCGGACCCCCGGGCCGCGGAGCCCAGCGCAUCCUGGCGGUGCCCGUGCGCACUGACGCCCAGGGCCGCCUGGUGUCCCACGUGGUGUCGGUGACGACGGCCCAGGCCGGGGUUCGGGCCCGCAGGGCUGCCCCCGCCCGGACCCCGGGCUCCUCUGGAGGUGGUGAGGACCCCGACCACCGCCUGUUCUACAACAUCACCGUCUUCAACCGAGACCUGCACCUGCGGCUGCGGCCCAACGCCCGCCUCGUGGCGCCCGGGGCCACGAUGGAGUGGCAGGGCGAGGCAGGCACCACCCGCGUGGAGCCCCUGCUCGGGACCUGCCUCUACACUGGAGACGUAGCCGGCGUGAGUGAGGCCUCCUCCGUGGCGCUCAGCACCUGCGAUGGGCUGGCUGGCCUGAUCCGAAUGGAGGAGGAGGAGUUCUUUAUCGAGCCCCUGGAGAAGGGGCUGGCAGCGAAGGAGGCUGAGCAGGGUCGUGUGCAUGUGAUAUAUCGCCGGCCAUCCAACCCCAAGCUCCCUUCUCUCGGGGUGCCUCAGGCCCUGGACACAGGGGCCUCCCUUGGCAGCCUGGACAGCCUCAGCCGUACCCUGGGCGUCCUGGAGGAACGGAUCAACAGCUCGAGGCGCAGGGCACGCAGACACGCCGCCGAUGACGACUACAACAUCGAGGUCCUGCUGGGUGUGGACGACUCUGUGGUCCAGUUCCACGGGAAGGAGCACGUGCAGAAAUACCUGCUCACACUCAUGAACAUCGUCAAUGAGAUCUACCAUGACGAGUCCUUGGGGGCCCACAUCAAUGUGGUCCUGGUGCGGAUCAUCCUGCUCAGCUACGGGAAGUCCAUGAGCCUUAUUGAGAUCGGGAACCCUUCUCAAAGCCUGGAGAAUGUCUGCCGGUGGGCUUACCUCCAGCAGAAGCCGGACACAGACCACGAUGAAUACCAUGAUCACGCUAUCUUCCUCACACGGCAAGACUUUGGGCCUUCAGGCAUGCAAGGCUAUGCUCCUGUCACCGGGAUGUGCCACCCCGUUCGCAGUUGCACCCUGAACCAUGAGGACGGCUUCUCCUCGGCGUUUGUGGUGGCCCACGAGACCGGCCACGUGCUAGGCAUGGAACACGAUGGGCAGGGCAACCGCUGCGGCGACGAGGUGCGUCUGGGCAGCAUCAUGGCUCCCCUGGUGCAGGCAGCCUUCCACCGCUUCCACUGGUCCCGCUGCAGCCAGCAGGAGCUGAGCCGCUACCUGCACUCCUAUGACUGCCUGCGGGAUGACCCCUUCGCCCACGACUGGCCGGCGCUGCCCCAGCUUCCCGGGCUGCACUACUCCAUGAACGAGCAGUGCCGCUUCGACUUCGGCCUGGGCUACAUGAUGUGCACCGCGUUCCGGACCUUUGAUCCCUGCAAGCAGCUGUGGUGCAGCCACCCUGACAACCCCUACUUUUGCAAGACCAAGAAGGGCCCCCCACUGGAUGGGACCAUGUGUGCACCUGGCAAGCACUGCUUUAAAGGACACUGCAUCUGGCUGACGCCUGACAUCCUCAAACGAGAUGGCAACUGGGGCUCCUGGAGUCCAUUCGGCUCCUGCUCGCGCACCUGUGGCACAGGCGUCAAGUUCAGGACCCGCCAGUGCGACAACCCACACCCGGCCAACGGGGGCCGCCCCUGUGCAGGCCUUGGCUACGAUUUCCAGCUCUGCAACUCCCAGGACUGCCCCGACUCACUGGCCGACUUCCGUGAGGAACAGUGCCGGCAGUGGGACCUGUACUUCGAGCAUGGUGAUGCCCAGCACCACUGGCUGCCGCAUGAGCACCGGGACGCCAAGGAGAGGUGCCACCUCUACUGCGAGUCCAAGGAGACUGGGGAGGUGGUGUCCAUGAAGCGCAUGGUGCAUGACGGGACCCGAUGCUCCUACAAGGAUGCCUUCAGCCUCUGCGUGCGAGGGGACUGCAGGAAGGUGGGCUGUGAUGGCGUGAUCGGCUCCAACAAGCAAGAAGACAAGUGUGGUGUGUGUGGAGGGGACAACAGCCACUGCAAAGUAGUCAAAGGCGUGUUCACUCGCACACCUAAGAAGCUGGGUUACGUGAAGAUGUUUGAGAUCCCCACAGGAGCCAGACACCUGCUCAUCCAGGAGGCGGACACUACCAGCCAUCACCUGGCCGUCAAGAACUUAGAGACAGGCAAGUUCAUUUUAAACGAAGAGAACGACAUAGACCCCAAUUCCAAAUCCUUCAUCGCCAUGGGCGUGGAGUGGGAGUACCGGGAUGAAGAUGGCCGGGAGACGCUGCAGACCAUGGGCCCUCUUCAUGGCACCAUUGCCGUGCUGGUCAUCCCGCAGGGAGACACCCGGGUCUCGCUGACGUACAAGUACAUGAUCCAUGAGGACUCGCUCAACGUGGAUGACAACCAGGUCCUGGAGGAUGACACCGUGGGCUAUGAGUGGGCCCUGAAGAAGUGGUCCCUGUGCUCCAAGCCCUGCGGUGGAGGGUCCCAGUUCACCAAGUAUGGCUGCCGCCGGAGGCUGGACCUCAAGAUGGUGCACCGCAGCUUCUGCGACGCCCUCCCGAAGCCCAAAGCCAUCCGCCGGGCUUGCAACCCGCAGGAGUGCUCCCAGCCCGAAUGGAUCAUGGGCGAAUGGGAGCCGUGCAGUCAGAGCUGUGGGCGGACAGGCACGCAGGUCCGCUCCGUGCGCUGCGUUCAGACCCUGCACAACAACACCACUCGCACCGUGCACACCAAGCACUGCAACGACGCACGACCGGAGAGCCGCCGGGCCUGCAACCGUGAGCUCUGUCCUGGACGGUGGCGGGCCGGACCCUGGUCUCAGUGCUCUGUGACCUGUGGCAAUGGCACCCAGGAGCGGCCGGUUCUCUGUCGCACCGCGGACGAGCACUUUGGGAUCUGCCAGGAGGAGCAACCUGAGAGAGCAAGGAUCUGUAGGCUGAACCCCUGCCCAGGAAACAUCUCCGACCCCUCUAAGAAGAGCUAUGUGGUUCAGUGGCUGUCCCGGCCGGACCCCGAUUCGCAGGUCCAGAAGACUUCAUCAAAGGGCCGCUGCCAAGGCGACAAGUCAAUGUUCUGCAGGAUGGAAGUCCUAUCUCGCUAUUGCUCCAUCCCAGGCUACAACAAGCUGUGCUGCAAGUCCUGUAACCUGCAUGACAACCUCACUGACGUGGAUGACAGGGCAAGGCCACCGCCCGGGAAGCAUAAUGACAUUGAGGAGCUCAUGCCCACCCUCCCAAUCCCCACUCUAGUCAUGGAGGUGCAGCCUGCGCCAGGCCCGCCCCUGGAGGUGCCUCUCAAUGCCUCCAGCACCAAUGCUACUAAGGAGCACCCAGAAACCAAUGCGGUUGACGUGCCCUACAAAAUCAAUGGCCUGAACAAUGAAGUGCAGCCACCCAACCUAAUCCCUCGACGGCCAAGCCCAUCUGAGAGAACCAGAAACCAAAGGAUCCAAGAGCUCAUGGAUGAGAUGAGGAAGAAAGAGAUCCUCGGAUAG